CCAAUUUCCUGGAUUUGAGGGUAAUUACCACGACAAAUUGAGAAUACCCAGUAUCAUCGCCGUUUCCUUUCUUUGAAAUCUAUCAAAGUUAUACUGCAAGUUUCUGUUAUGUAAACUGUAUAGCGUUAAACUAGAAGGAACAGGUUACAGUUUCAUGUUCAACUUCAAACCCUUCCAGUUCAAACACAAUUGGCACUUUCCAGUUUUUGCGAUCAUAUAUCAUAAAUUGUUGUUAAAUAUAUCGAAAAAUUAUGGCGGGCACAGUUCGUAUAUCACCUAACGAAUUGGUUGAAUUCUUGGCAAAAUUAGCUAAAAAUGAAAACCUUCAGGUAUCGGUGAAGCAGAGCGCUAAAGGUGGUCUGACAGCUGGCGUUUGUGCCACUGUUGGUGGACUUGUUGGUGGACCAGCUGGUAUUGCAGUAGGAGCGGCAGUUGGUGGUCUUGUUGGUGCCUGCACUAGUGGUACUUUCAAACCUGUCUAUCAAGUGUUGCAAGAGUUGAGCUCUGUCGAAAAGGAGAAACUGCGGUCCUCAGUAAUGGCAGCUUUAGGUGAUGCUGGUGUCUUAGAUUUGGCGUCUUUGGCUGCCCUUAUUGCCACUGAUCAGAUGUACAAGAAGCAAAUGUUGGGUGCAAUGUUGGAGUACUUAAAAGGCGAAUUGGGCAUGGAUUUUGUAGAAUAAAGAUAUUGAAUACAUGUGAAUAGGAUUUAUUUAGGCAAUUAAAUGUAGGAAGAAGCUUAGUUAAUGACCAAUGAUGGAAACACUUACCAAAGUUGUGUUAAUUUAAUUGUAUGCACCUAUUUAUUUCCUUGUAUGAAUAAUGGGCACUUUAUACUAUAUUAUAAGUAUAUGAGCAACUCA